UCCCCUCGCUCAACGCCGUGAUGUUUCGGGCAGCAGCCCGCUUUCUGCGAGGAAUACAAACUGUCAGCACCAUGGCGGCCACACAGGAAACAGCAGCUGAAGUUGCGACUGCAACUGCAUCCGUCACACCACACACGCUGGCGCCGACCAUGCUCCCGCGCGUGCCCAUCCCGCCCCGCGGCGUCGACUACCGAGGCAAGCUCGUGCUCGCCCCCAUGGUCCGAUCCGGCGAACUCCCAUCGCGUCUCCUCGCUCUGCACUACGGCGCCGACCUUGUUUGGGGCCCCGAAACAAUAGACCACUCCCUCAUCGGCGCGGCGCGCCGGAUCAACCCGCGCACCCACAUGGUCGAGUACACGCGGCAGCCAUCGCACUCGCACAGCCCAGCCGCUAGCGACGGCGGCGUCGCCGAGUCGGUCAUCUACCGCAUCGACCCUGUCCGCGAGAAGGCCAAACUCGUCUUCCAGCUCGGCACGUCGGACGCGGCGCGCGCCGUAGCCGCCGCCCGCUUCGUCGCGCCCGACGUGGCGGGCAUCGACGUCAACGCCGGCUGUCCCAAGCCGUUCAGCGUGCUGGGCGGCAUGGGCGCGGCGCUGCUCAGGACGCCCGAGAAGCUCGCGGGGAUCCUGGAGGCCCUGGUGCGGGAGAUCACGCACGAGUUUGGCGUCGGCAUCAGCGUCAAGAUCCGGCUGCUAGAGACGGCCGCGGAGACGGAGGCGCUGGUGAGGAGGCUUGUGGCGACGGGGAUCACAGGGCUGACGGUGCACUGCCGGACGACGCCGAUGCGGCCGCGGGAGCGGGCGAUCCGCGGACAGUUGAGGAUGAUUGCCGAUGUGUGCCGCGAGGCCGGGGUGGCGUGCGUUAUGAACGGGGAUGUGGAGAACCGGGACCAUGCGGAGGGGUUGAUUAGAGAGUUUGGGGUGGAUGGCGCUAUGAUCGCGACGGCGGCCGAGAAGAACCCGAGCUGUUUCCGGAGCGGCGCUGACGGCGGCAUGGCGACGUGGCAGGAGGCCGUGGAGAGCUAUCUGCGGUUCGCCAUGGAGGUGGAGAACAAGAUCGCCAACACCAAGUUUUUGUUGACGCAGAUGAUUCCCGGGAAGGCGCCCGAGUACAAGGAGAUUCACAAGUGCAGGUCGUACGUCGAUUUUAUGCAGGCGCUGGGCCACGAGGGGAUGAAGGAGAUGGCGCGGGAGACCGACAGGGUGUUGGGGUUGGGCGAGUUUGAGGUGAAGCCCGAGCCCAAGCAAAAAAAUAAACAAAAGGGUCAGCAGAAGGGUCGGCAGCAGCAAGGGAAGCAGGAGUCUAACAAGAGGAAGAGGGAAGGGAGUGUGGACAAAGAGCAGUCGGCGAAGAGAGUCGAGGUCGCUGAUCCUACUCCUGUCGCUGCACCUGCGUCGAUUGCGGUAUAAAGUGAGCAUUCUCUUUGCAUCUUACAGCGGUCGGUUGGCGUACGGGCAUGGCAUUUUCACGGGGUGGGCUUGGAACGAUAUCCUGGUGCGGGUCUGAGAAAAUAGAACUUAUAUACUAGACACGAUACAAU